AUGCUAGAGGACCGCUUGAUCUUCAAUUAACCAAUUGAGCUGACAUCAUUGCGGAGGAAAGGAAGAGGGAGCAAAAAAAAAAAAAAAAAGGAGGGGGGUGUGAGGAGAGUAUUGUUUGCCGGGGUCUCUUUGGAUGCAAAUCAUCAACUUCAAAAUUAAGGAUUCCUGGGAGGUAGAAAUGCUCGUCUUUUCUUAAUCUGGGAUUUGAAAACAGGACGGAAUAAAAGCCAGCAAAACAGGAAGAAAGAGAGGACUAGGGGGGGGGGAAAGAAGAGAGGAAGAAAAAAAUUAAAUCAACAUCCUGGGACAUGGAAUUUGUGAUUUUGUUUCAAUUGGUGGGGCUUGACAGCAAUUCAUUCUCUCAGAAGAGCUUGAUUCCUUUUGUGUUUACUCAAAAGGGCUUUUACCCCUCGGAUUCAAAUUCCAUCUGGCUGCUCCAAGAGUCUGCGGAAAAAGAGAGUUGAAUGCAGCCCCCGAUGUGCACAAAAGAAUGGGUUUCCAUUCAAGGUGGCCAUUGGUGGGACAAGCACCAGCGGCACUUUGUGUGAUGAGCAUGCUUCUGUGCCUGCCUCCCACGUCAUGCACAACCUGCCCUCAAAAAUGCCGCUGUGAGGACCUGCAGUUUUACUGCGACACGCAGGGGCUUCUGACGCCCCCAGAUGGCAUCGACCGAGGGGCCCUCGGGCUCUCGCUCAGACACAACAGCAUCGCCGAGCUCAGCCCGGACCAGUUCUUCGGCUUCACCCAGCUCACCUGGCUCCACCUGGACCACAACCAAAUAACCACUGUGCAGGAGGACGCGUUCCAGGGGCUCUACAAGCUCAAGGACCUGAACCUGAGUUCCAACCGAAUCACCAAGCUGCCCAACACAACCUUCAUCCACCUCAUCAACCUGCAGAUUCUGGACCUAUCCUUCAACCAGAUGACUGUUCUAGAGCCGGAGCUUUUCCACGGGCUACGCAAGCUGCAGAUCCUCCACCUGCGCUCCAACUCUCUGCGGACCACGCCUGUCAGGGCCUUCUGGGACUGCAGGAGCCUUGAGUAUCUCGGACUCAGCAACAACCGGCUCCGGAGCCUGGCCCGAAACGGCUUUGCUGGGCUCAUUAAGCUCAGAGAGCUGCACUUGGAACAUAACCACCUGACCAAGAUCAACCUGGCCCACUUCCCCCGUCUCGUCGCCCUGCAGUUCCUCUACCUGCAGUGGAACAAGAUCAACAAUUUGACAUGCACCAUGGAGUGGACCUGGACCACCCUGGAGAAACUGGAUCUUACCGGUAACGAGAUCCGCAUCCUCACGCCCGAGGUGUUCGAGACCUUGCCCAACCUGAAGAUACUACUACUGGAUAACAACAAACUGUCCAACAUGGACACGCAGACCCUGGAUAUGUGGAAAUCCCUGGGCACCAUUGGAUUGUCUAGCAACCUUUGGGAAUGUACCAAAAGGAUCUGCACCAUGGCCAGUUGGCUCAGUACCUUUAAGGGCAGAUGGGAACACUCAAUUUUGUGCCACAGCCCAGACUACGCGCAGGGGGAGGAAAUACUGGAUGCUGUCUAUGGAUUUCAGCUUUGUCAGAAUUUCUCAGCACCAGUUAGUCAGUCAAGCACUCCCACGGAGGGCAUGUUUCCCCAGGAGCUGACUAGCCCGUUGUAUGGAAAUAUGCAGACCCCCACGUUGGACUACUAUGCAGAGGAUUUGGGGAGUUUUACCAUGGUCACCGCCACCCUCACCACCUCCACCUCCACCUCCACCACCACCCAGACCCCAAGCACCGCCCUGUCAACCACCACCAUGGUGGCAGGGGCAGCGGUCACUGAUGACUUCAUCGACAUUGACAACACAGUGCUCACUCAGAGAGUGAUCAUUGGAACUAUGGCCCUGUUGUUUUCCUUCUUCCUCAUCAUUUUUGUAGUGUACAUCUCGCGGAAGUGCUGCCCCCCGACGCUGCGCAGGAUCCGACACUGUUCCGCCAUGCAGAACCGGAGACAGCUGAGGACCCAGCAGCGGCAGCCAAUGGCGGACCUGGCGACCCAGGUGCCCUACAACGAGUACGAGCCGAGCCACGAGGAAGGUGCGCUCGUCAUCAUCAACGGCUACGGGCAGUGCAAGUGUCAGCAGCUGCCUUACAAAGAGUGUGAAGUAUAAAAACUUGUUUUAUUUAUUCCUGCAACCUAUGGGGUUUUGCCAUUCUCAACCAUUUCAAAAACGAUACAGGGUUUGUUUUAUGGAUUUUUAUUUGACCAGUUUCUAUAUGGAAAAAAAUAUACAUAGUUUCUUUCUACUGGCUAGCUUCGAAAGAGGAAGAGAGAAAAAAAUAGAUUCUUCGAGUUGCUGGGGUGACUGGAGGUGGAUAUGUGAUGAGUGAAGAGAUGUAAAGAAUUUUCACACUUUUAUUUUUGUAACGAGAAUGCAAGGUCCUUAUUGAGCUGGGGCAAUCAAUCUCCACCCAGGAUGGUUAGAUAGGGGAAUUGACACUGCAUUAUUACCACACUAUUCUGCAGCACAGUGGAGACGAAAGAAAAUCCAUAGCCAAAUCAUCUGGAAACCUGAGGUUCAGAUAUCUGUUGCAGAAAUAACAUAUCCUUGGGAAGAAUGGUGAAAACUACGAGAGAGAAAAAGAAAGAGAAAAAAAAAGAAAAAAAAAAAAAGAGUGCUGUUGUGCUGUUAUGCUGAAUAGAAGUACAAAUUUGAUAAAUGCAAAAGGAUUUUUAUGACACACAAGUAGAUGACACUUCACGUGGCCACUUUUGGGAAAGUUCAAAUUGGAUAGUGAUUAAGUGACAUUUUUUAAUUCACCUUUUUACAAAUUACUGAAAGGAAUAAUGUUAUUAAAAAAAAAAAAUACCACAUGCAUACUGAGAACCCAGUGUAAAACAAACGAAAGCUGAUCCUUUCAAAGCGAUCUGUAUUCGCUGAGGAGAACACGUAGCUUAAUAGCCUUCUUGUUUCUGGAUUUGAUUUCAUUCAAUAAACUCAAUCCCCCUCCUGCAAAA